CCCGCCUCCCCCCAAAAGUUGGAGUCGCCGCUGCCGGGUCGCCAGCGGAGUCGGGCGCCGGGAGCUACGGAGGGCAGAGGAGGCAUGGCUUCUCCGUCCAAAGGCAACGACCUGUUUUCGUCGGAUGAGGAGGGCCCGGCGGCGGGGGCCGGGCCGGGCCCGGGCCCGGGGGGCGCCGAGGGGGGCGCGGAGGAGCGCCGCGUCAAGGUCUCCAGCCUGCCCUUCAGCGUGGAGGCGCUCAUGUCGGACAAGAAGCCGCCCAAGGAGGCGUCCCCGCUGCCGGCCGACGGCGCCUCGGCCGGGGCCACCCUACGGCCACUGCUGCUGCCCGGACACGGCGCCCGGGAAGCGCACAGCCCCGGGCCGCUGGCCAAGCCCUUCGAGACGGCCUCAGUCAAGUCGGAAAAUUCCGAAGAUGGGGCGGCGUGGAUGCAGGAACCCGGCAGAUACUCGCCGCCGCCAAGACACAUGAGCCCUACCACCUGCACCCUGAGGAAACACAAGACCAAUCGGAAGCCGCGUACACCCUUUACCACGUCCCAGCUCCUUGCUCUGGAGCGCAAGUUCCGCCAGAAACAGUACCUCUCCAUUGCAGAGCGUGCAGAGUUCUCGAGCUCUCUGAACCUCACAGAGACCCAGGUCAAAAUCUGGUUCCAGAACCGAAGGGCCAAGGCGAAAAGACUGCAGGAGGCAGAACUGGAAAAGCUGAAAAUGGCUGCAAAACCUAUGCUACCCUCCGGCUUCAGUCUCCCUUUCCCCAUCAGCUCACCCCUGCAAGCAGCGUCCAUAUACGGAGCAUCCUACCCCUUCCAUAGACCUGUGCUUCCCAUCCCGCCCGUCGGACUCUAUGCCACGCCGGUUGGAUAUGGCAUGUACCACCUAUCCUAAGGAAGACCAGAUCCACAGACUCCCGUGGUGGAUGUUUGUUUCAAAGGGUUCCCUCCCCUCUCCAAGAAGGCAGUACCAGCCCAGUACUUCUGCUCUGCAAACCUUGCAUGCACCACCCUAAGCGCUAGGCCGGCAGGGCCACGUGAGAUAGUUGAAAUUUGUGCUUUAGGUGGAGGCACCAAGCCCUGUUUUCUUGGCAUAAUCAUCCAGAUGCCCCUUUCUCCUUUCACGAAGAUUGGCUUUGAUGGUUUUUACAUAUAAAUAUAUAUAAUAAAAUAUAAUACAUUUUUAUACAGCAGACAUAAAAAUUCAAAUUAUUUUGAGAGGCAAAAUUUAUAUUCCUAUAUAUACUUUUUCCUAUAUAUCACCUUCUUAAAAGACUGCUUAAGUCCAUUUAUUGUAUUUUCUUAAAGGGGGAGAUAAAUUAUUUACAAAAUUUGCUAAACUUUGGCGAUUUUGAUAGGAUGAUUGACUUCUGCUUAUGGAAAAAACUAUUAGAAUUAGUCAUAAUGCACAGAAAGUAUUAGAAAUGGUGAGAUUCUUCGAAGUGAAGGGGACACAUCAAAUUUUCGCAUUUUACUUGCAUUAAAGAAACCUCAUUAGAUACUACCAUAUUUGGCCUUAUUCAUCCCUCCCCCCACAUUGUUAAAGUUUUACCUUUUUUUGGGGGGGGGUAAAAUCAGUAAUGCUGGUGAGAAGAAUCCUGAGAAUGCCUGGGUCGAGGUUGAAAACGGAACACUUCCUAAUUCUUCUCAAGACUGUUAACUUCAUUUCAGAUAAUAGGAGGGUAAAAAGUUAAAGCCUGUUGGGAGGAAUUGAUGGUUUCUGUGAAAUACUAGGUAUGUCCACCCUCACAUGGCAAAGGUAAUUUGGGGGUGUGUGGUAAUUUCCUGCUUAAAAAAAGAAUAUCUUGUAACCAUUAUCUAUAUGCUAAAUAUUCUUGAACAAUUAAUAGAUCAGAAAAAAAAUGCUUUCUCUGUGUGUGUACCUGUUGUAUGUGCUAAACUUAUUAGAAAAGUUUAUAUACUUUUUAACACGUUGGGGGCAGAGGGUAAAACCAUGUUUUGGCUUGCUAAAAAUGGUGUUGUCAAACAGCCCAUUUAGCUCCCUGGUAUUUCACUUCCUGUCCAUCUCUUCCCUCCCUUCAGUGUACUUUUAUCCCUUUGAAAGGGUGCCUUGUACAAUUUUAUAUAUUUUAUUGAAGAGUUAUUUCUUAUCUCUUAUUCUGAAUUAAAUUAAAUGUUUGUUUUAUUGCAGAAAACUUUGUUCAAACUCACAAUUA